AUGCGACGAGCUUAUCGCCGCACCGCACGACAAUCCCGUCUCGUCGCCAAGAAUCCGGGGGGCGACGUGACGGACCGGCGCGGGCGGUAUUCUGGGAAACGAACACACGGGGCCGGGAGGAGAAAGCGUUUCACCACCGCUGCACCGACGCAGAAGCGGGGACGUGCGAAAGCGUUCCCGUUCGAGUUAGCAGAGAUAGAGAGAGAGAGAGGGGAGCAAGGGGAGGCAGGAGACGAAAAUCAAUUUGGGUGCGUGUCCCCCCGGGUUGAGCCGCAGAGCGGGGGAGUCACGGCCAAGGUCGGCCCCGGGCGAGGCGUGUACCCGGCGCGCUCUCAUCUCGCCCCCCCCCCCCCCCCCCCCCCCCCCCUCCGCGCAGAUCCCUCCGCGUCGAUACCACACCGGCUCCAU